AUGAACAACCCCCGAAAUUCCGUUUUCUCCCGAAAGCAAACAAACACUAACCCUUGCCCAUUCCCUCCAUACAAACACACACACACACACACAUUUGAUAUUUGCUGCAUCAAAGCGCAAAACCGUCAUCCCCCGCCUCCCAUUCAUCCAAUCCCUCCCGGCUGCCAUUCCUCCCUUACUGCAGUCAUAUUUAAGCUUCUGACCAUUGUCCGGUGUGGUGACCCAUGCCAUCUGAGUCGCCGCGAGUCUUCCAGUUCAAAUCGAACAACGAACCUCUUCCCUCGGAGUUCGUGCAGCAGAUUGCGCCGACUUCUCUCUCUUUCUCUCUCUCUCUCUUUCUCUCUCUCUCUCUCUCUCUCUCUCUCUCUCUCAAACACACACACAGACACACACCUUAUCUCUCCCUACUUCUCUUUCACUAUCUAUCCAUUUAUUUCAUCUCAUACCCACUAUCUUUGA